GGAGAGUUUUCGUUCAGAGCCGGAGCGGGAUGGAGGUGCUGAGAGUGGAUCACUUGGCAGGAAUCCCGUCCGCCCAUCAGGAGGACGACAAGGAAGACAAACGCCAGGCCCUGCGGCUGGUCCUUCUGCUGAAGUCGGAGUCCGAGGGCUUGGUCAGCGAAUACCUCCGUUUCCAGGGACCCCCGUUCUCUACGCCCGGCUUUAACUCCACGGCCCCGGUGGACGGCCUGCCGACCCCCCGCGACCUCCCGGCCUCGCUGUGGAAGCGGCUGCCCCUGUGCCUCUCGGCCUUCACGUCUCUGGCCGGCUGGUUCGCCGCCGUCCUCGCCUGGCAGAAAGAGCUGAACCCCGGAGCCGUCUCUCUGCACCGGCGCCUCGAGGCGAGUCAGCAGCAGGCACGGGCCUUGUGUUCCAGCCUCGCCGCCAUCCUCGGGCAGCCGGUGCCCGGCCCCCCCGCGGCCCCCGCCGUCUCCAGGGUCAUCGCCCAAAAGAUCGCCGGCUACGUCGCCUGCCUGAGUUACGUCAACUGGCUGACCCAGACGGAGCGAGACCUCGCGCUGCUGGUCUGCGAGACGGCCGUCUAGAGCCCGCCGAGCCGACCGCCAUGAACUCCGCUCGGCAGCAACUGACCUACCUCACUGAGGCUGCCUCUACAUGCAUCGACUACUAUUUCGGGGAGGAGGAACUGCUCAGUGGCCGCUUCUGGGUGGGCUUGUCUCCCCUGAGGGGGGCUGUUAUUUGGUUACUUGUCUCUGGCUCCACCGAGUGCUGAGGGUAGGUACCGGUUGCCCCCCCGGACCCCUCCUGUUUUUAGGGUUCCCGCUGUAAAUGUUUUAACUUUAGCCAUAACUUUUUGUAAAUAAACUCAUUUCUACUUUUA